AUGGCCACCCAUAUUAAACCUCUCAUCUUGCACACCCACGCCACGGGUCCUAAUCCCAUCAAGAUUGCCAUUGCAUUAGAAGCACUCGGGAUUCCAUUCACGGUCAAGUGCUGGGACUUUAGCGACGAUCCUGAAAUUGGCGUGAAGGGCACAGCAUUCCUCCAGAUCAACGAGAAUGGGCGGGUGCCUGCACUCGAGGAUCCCAACACGGGCAUUAUAUCUUGGGAAUCUGGUGCGUGUAUGAAUUAUGUUCGCCGGGUAUACGACACGGCAAACAAGAUUGGUCCCUGUGGGAGUUCAGGCCAAGAUUUGGUGGACUUUGAGAAAUGGGAAUAUUUCCUUUUAACUACCCUUGGUCCGAUGACUGGGCAGGUUAAUUGGUUCAGACGCUGCCAUCCCCGGAAGGACGAAGACGCCCUCCAGCGAUACACUGCUCAGACAUACCGAUGCUACGAUGUUUUGGAGAGCCAACUACAGAAGUCCGAAGGUAUGAGUGUUAUACCAGGUCGAGUCUCUGCAGUAGACUACCAUUUCGAGCCGUGGGUGAGAGAGCAUUCGUUUGCUGGUCUUUCACUGGACACCUAUCCCAUGAUCCAUAAGUGGUUGGCGUUGAUGCAUGCUCGCGAGGAGGUUCAAGAAGCAUAUUAUAAAAUCCAGGCCGGCACAGCAAAGUAG